AUGCUCACCAUUAUUUGUCUGCUAACUUUAUCAGCCAUCUGUAGUGCUCAAACUACACCCGAACCAUGGAAAGUAGUACCAGAAGAGGUAGAUCCAAUAUAUUGGCAGAAAGAAGCCGAGAAAUUUAUCGCUGCUGCCUGUGAACGCUUUCCAGUUCUGCAGAAAGAAAAACCGGCCAAGAAUGUCAUCCUUUUCCUGGGUGAUGGUAUGGGCAUCCCCACUAUUGCCGCUUCUCGUUUCUACCUUGCCGACAGAAGUGGACUUAAUGGUUCCGCGGUGAUGCAUCCCUUUGAGAGUUGGCCCUAUAGCACAGUCGCCAGGACCUAUGAUCUUGAGACUGUCGUCACGGAUUCGGCAAGUUCAGCCAACGCCUACCUCACAGGUUGCAAAACCAGAACUGGUAUGAUUGGUGUCACGGGCAAGUUGCACUACAAGCAGUGCGGUGUGUGGGAUAAAAAGGAUUACACUCAGUCGGCACUUAAGGCGGCCGCUGCUAAAGGCAAAGCCACUGGCAUACUGACAACGACACGAAUCACUCACGCUUCACCUGCCGGCUGCUUUGGUCAUGUCACUUAUCGGGACUUCGAAGGCGACAUAAACCUUAAGGACGUUUGCGGAGAGGAAUAUACAAAAAUGAAGUGCCAAGACUUAGCUUGUCAGUUGGCAGUCGAAAACCGUGAAAUCAACGUCAUGAUUGGCGGCGGUGCAAAGAACUUUUAUCCAAAUGGCACACUUAUCCCCAACCAACGUGGAAAAAAGGGAACGCGUCUGGACAACAGAACUCUGGUCGACGAGUGGAUGAAUUAUCAUGAAAAGGCAGGUCACAAGUACAAAUAUAUCAAUUCACCUCAAGACUUCAACCUUGCGGACUUGAGUGAUACUGACUACCUGCUGUGCCUACCCUAUGACGAUCACAUGCCCUAUACGGACGAGAAAAGCGCGGAUGAACCCAGUCUGAUGAGAUACACACAAGCUGCCAUAAAGAUUCUUCAGAAGAACCCAAAUGGCUUUUUCCUACACUCUAUGGAUGAAAUGCUUGAGUUUGAUAAGGCCAUUCAAGCUGCCAUGGAUCUAGUCAACCUGGAGGAAACACUCAUCAUUGUGACAGCCGACCAUUCACACUCAUUUGGAUUGUAUGGUCAUCCAAGUCGUUUCCACAGUGUCCUCGAUCUUGACAAUGGGUACAGUUGCAUUAUGACGCUGGAUAAAAAGCCCAUGACUGCGAUAGGAUACCUGACCGGACCCGCAGGUCUAACUAACGAAACCAGAAGCGAUCCAUCAAAGGACGAUAUUUGGAGUUGGAAGUACAAGCAACAGGCGCUGGUACCAUUAUUCUAUUCAACUCACGGUGGCGACGAUGUUGGUGUCUAUGCAACCGGUCCAUUCUCGCGCCUUUUCACCAAGACCAUCGAUAACACAUUCAUUUCACAAGCCAUGAAGUACGCAAUGGGUGUGUAUCCAUACGAUAACAUUGAACCCUGUAAGGGAAGAACCAAGGCCUAG